GACACGGCAGAAAGAGAUGAGGCUGACGGUCUCAAUCAUCACAUCAGGAUGUUUGUUCUCAUCUGGGUGACUCUGCUGUUCCCUGCGACAGGAAGCAAUGCAGACGCUGGUGCAACAUUGAGUGGGAGAGCGCUCUGUCAAAAUGGAUUCUGUAUCACUCUUAAUGAUGGAGAAAUUACAGCAGAGGCUGGACUCUGUGUUGUGAUACCGUGUACUUUCACCCCUGGUUUUGGCUUUUCCCCCCUACGUAUGGUUUGGUUCAAAUGUGAACCAUUGGAAGAAAAAUGUGGUGAUUCAGACAUGAUAUUCCACACUGACAAGAACAACAGGAAGAUCAAGUCUAGGUUCAAAGGACGAGUGUCACUGCUGGAGCCCGACGUGAUUCAGAGGAACUGCAGCAUCAUCAUCAAUGACCUGACUGAGUCAGACUCUGGAUCGUAUCAGCUCAGAGUUAAUGGGGUCAUGUUUGGGUCGCCAGAAGGAUUUACAUUCUCUCCAAGAACAACUGUCUCUGUUAAAGAUCUGAUCCAGAAGCCCACAGUGAGGAUUCCUCCUCUGAGUGAGGGACAGCAGACCACACUGACCUGCACUGCUCCUGGUCUCUGCUCUGGAUCUGAACCUGAAAUCACCUGGACGUGGAGAGGAACAGGGGGAAACAACUUUCACAACAUACACGACAUCACCGCUUUCAACACUGAGACUCUGACUCCUGUCACACAGAGACACAGCUCUACUUUGACGUUAACCCCUUCAGUCAUGCACCACGGCACUAAAGUCAGCUGCAAGGUCAGCUUCACAAACGGCAUUGCUGCAGAGGAGACAGUAACUCUGAAUGUGACCUGGUUUCCAGAGAUCUUAAAUAACUCUGGAUGUGAGGUGCAGUCUGAGCUCCUGACUUGUGUGUGCAUCAGUAAGGGUUUUCCUUUACCCACCAUCAAAUGGCCACUGUUAAAGAACCACACUGAGUACUCUGUCAUUACCAGAGUGUCAAACCACACAGUCCACAGCACGGUCACGCUAACUGUAAAAGACCACAGCAGUGCUGUUACCGAGUGUGUCAGCAGUAGUGACGUCGGGGAAGUGCGGCAGAACAUCACCAUCGUUACUUCAGAGAAACAAGAAGGUCCUGCGCAGCCUUGUGGACCUCACAGUGCUGUGCUUCCAUGGGCCAUCGCUGCUGUGUCUCUCAUUGUGAAUGUCAUCUGCAUCAUCUGCCUGAUGAUCCUGUGGAACACAAAGAAAAAGAUGAAGCCGAGCCAAGAGGACCGAACUUACAUGUCACUGCAGCAAACAGACCGAUCACCACAGUAUGAUAUGUCACAAACUGCUUUAACAUAUAAAAUGGCAGGGUUGAAGGCAGUCACACCCCUGGGCAAAGUGUGUUUAUCUCGCAACUAUGGAAUAACUGAACAUCUAACAUCAUGCAACAUCCUACUUAAAUUCUGUGAUGUCAGUUGUGGAGUUUCCUUUUGUUCAGUUCCUCUUUGUUUAAUGCGCUUUUGCUGUAAAAUUUGUCCUGUAGAGGGAGAGACUUACUUUCUCAAGCAUCAAAUCAGGAUGUUUGUUUUCAUCUGGGCAACUGUGCUUUUGUCUAUGAGAGGCAGCAAUGCAGACAUAGGUGGAUCAGUGGGAAGAACGCUCUGUCAAAAUGGAUUCUGUAUCACUCUUAAUGAUGGAGAAAUUACAGCAGAGGCUGGACUCUGUGUUGUGAUACCGUGUGCUUUCACCCUCGAUUAUGGCUUUUAUCCCCUACAUAUGGUUUGGUUCAAAUGUGAACCAUUGGAAGAAAAAUGUGGUAAUUCAUAUGUGAUAUUCCACUCUAACAAGGACAACAAAAAAGUUCAGCCUGGGUACAAACGACGAGUGUCACUGUUGGAGCCCGACGUGAUUCAGAGGAACUGCAGCAUCAUCAUCAAUGACCUGACUGAGUCAGACUCUGGAUCAUAUCAGCUCAGAGUUAAUGGUUACAUGAAUUGGAAGGCAGAUGGUUUUACAUUCUCUCCAAGAACAACUGUCUCUGUUAAAGAUCUCAUCCAGAAGCCCACAGUGAUGAUACCUCCUCUGAUAGAGGGACAGCAGACCACACUGACCUGCACUGCUCCUGGUCUCUGCUCCGGAUCUGAUCCUGAAAUCACAUGGACGUGGAGAGGAACAGGAGACAACGACUUACACAACACAGCAAACAUCACUGCUUUGAAGACUGAGACUCUGACUCCUGUCACACAGAGAUACAGCUCAACUUUGACCUUUAACCCUUCAGCUGAGCACCACGGCACCACUCUCACCUGUAGGGUCAGCUUCAUAAAUAACAUCACUACAGAGGAGACAGUAACUCUGAACGUGACGUAUGUGAAGGAAGUUAAAAUCACUGGAAAUACUAUUGUGAAGGAGGGUGAGACUCUGAAUCUGACCUGCAGUGUUGAAAGUUUCCCUCCAUCUCUUAUUACAUGGACUAAAUUUUCUGCCAGGAAGAUGCAAAAUGGAACAGAAACUAAACUGCUGAAUGACACUUUAACUGAUCUGCAGGACGACACUUUAACUAAUCUACAGAAUGAAACUUUGACUGACCUGCAGAAUGACACUGAAACCUACCUGCAGGAGGACAGUGGAAUGGCCAUUUUUUUCAUCUCCAACAUGAUGGUAGAACAUUCUGGACAGUACAUCUGCACAGCAAAACAUCUGAACAACACCCUGAUGGAAAAAGUUGAUGUAAAAGUUAUGUAUAUGAGGAAUCCUGUAAUCAUUGGGCAAACAGCUGUUAUGGAGGGCGAUGCUCUGAAUUUGACCUGCAGUGUUGAAAGUUUUCCUCCGUCUCGCAUCACAUGGACUAUGCUUGGUUGUAAGACAAACCUGCACAGUGAACCUAAUACUGUCCUGCAGAACGACCCUGGAUCAGCCAGACUUAUCAUCCAUAAUGUGACGGCAGAACAUUCUGGACAGUACAUCUGUACAGCACAAUACCUGGAAACGACUGUAACUGUAUUUGCAGAUGUAACUGUGAUGUGGUUUCCAAAGAUCAGAAACUCUGGAUGUAAGGUUCAGUCGGAGGUCCUGACCUGUGUGUGCACCAGUGACGGGUUUCCUUUACCCACCAUCAACUGGCCGUUGUUGAAGAAUCAAACUAAGUACUCUGUCACUACCACAGUGUCAGACCACACAAUCAACAGCACUGUCACCCUGACUGUGAAGAACUACAGCGAUAAUGUUGUUGAGUGUGUCAGCAGCAAUGAAAAUGGGGAAGCAAAGGAAUACCUCACCAUCUCUACAGAUGUGUCACAACCAGAGGGUCAGUCCAGAGACGUAUCAAAAACGGUUUCAUGGGUGGAAGUCAUCAUUGCAUUUUUGAUUGGGGUACUGCUCACAACGGUCCUUUUCUGUUUGGCAAAGAAAUUUCACAGAAAAAAACAGAGCUCUGGAAAUCUGGAAGAAACUCUGGAGAUGGUGACCAAUCAAGAGGAUCCACUGAUUGAUGCUCAUCAAGCAGUUGAAGAUGAUCAGACCUACUACCAAGAGGCAGCUGAAGGAGAAGGAGCUGCAGCAGCAGAGAAAGCAGCCCUUGAUCUCGACGAUGGGCCAAAAGAUGUUGAGUACGCCAGCAUUGAUUUCUCCUUGCUGAAGAGAAAAAGUCCCAGGGAGGCAGCAAAGCAGCAAGAGACCGCAGAGACAGAGUAUGCUGAAAUCAAGAAAGAAGUAAAAGAGGAAAGAGAAGACAGUGGUGGAGAGGAAGGUGCAGUGCUUGAGGGCAAAGAGGAGGAAGAGACAAAACAUUCUGUUCCAGAAGAGGAGGAAGGGCAGGACGUGGCAGUGUACGUAAAGGAUGAGUUUUGAGGACUAUGUUGCAUUGAGGAGUUUGAGGACAACGUGUCUUUGCUCUCAUUAGAUGUGAUGGACUGAUGUAAUGGAUGACGGGCAGGUGAACAGUUUCUACCACAGAGCUGUGAUCCUCAAAGGCCAAAUUCAGCCUGUGGUAAAUUGCAAAUCCUUUCACUCAACUAAGGGUGGACUUGAAGUUGGACAGAAUUUCCUUGUUCAAAUGUUAUUGAGGUUCAGUUUUUUUUAAUUUUCAUAAACUUAACGGUGGUAACUUUUUCAUGGAUGUUGGUAAACUUGUGAGGAAAGUUUGUUAAAGUCCAAUGUGUUUAAUUCUCAUAAACUUCCCACAUAAUUUUACCCACAACCAUGAAAAAGUCGACGCCACAGUUACAGCAAUGGUGUGCAAAAUGAGGAGCCGGCCCGUCUCAUCUCACAGCAUAAGCAUGUGCCCUAGAUGUCCCCCUGGUCAGCCCAGAGCGCUUCUGAAUUUCUGCCCUGAGGCGGAAAUGAACCCUCGCUUUCACGCUGCAUGGAUGAGGUGUCUCUUUUCAGUGCAGCUCAAGCGAUGCUAACGUUGGGCUGUUUGUGGUCAGUUUUGUCGGGACACUUAAUACAGAAAUAUCUUAACAACUGUGGGAUGGAUUCCCAUAAAUUAUGUACAGACGAUCAUGGGGACCAUGAAUGUAUCCAAAUGACUGUUCAUCCUGUGGCUUUUCCUGUUGCUCCUUCUUAGAUUUGGCAUAUGGCCAUUGUUUAUUGUCAAGCAUGUUUUAUUGAACAAGAAUAUCGAAAUGUAGGACAUAAAAAUGCAGUCCACGCUUUCAUUUACAUUUAAAGAAAAACAAGAAAAUAUUACAGUUCCCACAUAAAUAUUCACAAACUCAAAGAAUACUAACACUUCCUCUCUCCCUCGCAGGCUCAGUACUGAGUAUACGCCUCAGUACUUAGUACUGAGUAUAUACCAGAAAAGGUUCAAUAAGAUUUGGUUGCCCCUCGUCUGCUACCGAAGAAACAAUCCAUCGUGGACACUCUUUAUGUAAGGGACUGUCCACAACAACCUUUACUGGCAUGUGCUCAGUACCGAGUAUAUACCUUUACUGGUAUAUACUUAGUACCUAGUACUGCGUAUAUAUUGUUUCUUCGGUAGCAGACGAGGGGCAGCCAAAUCUUACUGAAUUGUGACUCUUUAUUCUUCAGGGAGCUGAGGGGUAUUAGUCAAUCCAUUGAGUCACUGUUAAAUGGUGGAAACUCCUCCUCCUUCCAAACGUCAAAAUUGAUUUUUUUCUAGCUGUGAUCAAACCAUCGGAGAGAAGUUGCUGCUGUGCUCUUUUUAAUACAAAUGUGGAAUCUAAGGUUCCCACUACAAUGAGACAAUAAAGAUUUUUCUCCGAUAUCUCUCUAUCCUGGUAAAGGGAGCGAGACGAUGGAGAUCUGCCUUUGCUAUAUUGCAUUUAUCACAUUAUGAUGAGAUGUCUGGAAACGUUUUGUGAAGCUUAGAUUUUGAAAAGUAGAGUCUGUGCAUAAUGAGACUGAAUGAGACAAUACCUAGAGCUGAUAGAAUAGGCAUUAAUCUCUUUAAAGCUCUCUUCUCAGGCUUCUUCUGGGAUCUUUCAAAUGAAGGUAACACAUCAUUUCUGAUUUGCAAAAACCUGAUGAAAUUACUCCAAGGGAGUUCGUGCAUGUCUUGCAUCUGAGCAAACAAGGUAAAGGUUUCACCGUGGUAAAGGUCACCAAUUGUGUGGAUGCGUAAGUCACUCCACUCUAAGAAUCCACUAUCAAGCUAGGAUGGAGGAAUUGAGGGAUACCCUACUGAGGGGAGCAGGAAACAGUGAAGUGAGCCUGAAAUGUACAUUAAUUUGCUUCUGGAUUCUAUAAGGAGGCUUCCACACAAGCAGAUUUAUUUAAACCUACUGGAGACGGGAUCACUGCACCCAAACUAUACAUUACUUCCAUUGCACCUGCAGCCAAUGAGAGGGUUCGGUUGAGUUAUCUAACCACAUUGAAAUAGUUUUGAUAUUAGCAGAGGCAGGAGUUGGGGAGAGCACGCUCACCAGCUCUUUUUGAUUUGCAAAAGUAAGAUUUUUUAAUUCUAUGGCGUUUAUAAUAAUUCCCAAACAAUGGGAUGGAUGACAGACUCUAAAAAAGGAUUUUGGCAAGAAUACAGGGAGUCACUGGGAGAGGUACAGCAGUUGGGGAAGGAAUAUCAUUUUAAUUGUAUUAGUCCUGUAAAAGAGGGAGCGAUCUCCAAAAUGUAUUGUUAGCCUGCAGUUUGGCCACAAGAGGGGGAUAGUUGACUUGGAAAAGAGAGGAAAAUUCUUUGGCGACCUGAAUCCCGAAUGUCUGAGAAGAAAUUUUUACAUGGCAGAUUUGUACCAGGUCUUUGACCCAACAGGCAUCAACUCACUCUUGGUCCAGUUAAUCCUGCAACCAGAGAGGGCCGAACCGAUUUAUGUUGUCUAAAAUAGCAAGAAGACUAAAUUGAAGUCUGGAAACAAACAGCAAAAUGUCAUUUGCAUUUAAAGAAAUUUUAGCAGAUGUGUCUGACGUUGAAGCCAUAAAUAUUUGGGUCUGUGUGAACUGAUGUUGUGAGGGGUGAGAGGGGCCAGCCCUGACUUGUGCCUCUAAACAAGCUGAAGUGAGAGGAUGACUCAGAGGGUUGGGCCUUGGGAUUUUUGUACAAGAGUUUCAUCCAAGCAAUGAAUUUAUCUCACAGAUGAAAUUUAUCCAGCGCAGCGAUUAAAUAGGGCCAUUCUACCUGGUCAAGCGCCUUCUCUGCAUCAAAAGGGAUGACUACAAGCUCACCUUCAGAGUCUCCCACAGUAGACCUAGGGAGGUCUCUGGAAUAUCUUUAGUUAGCUUAGUGUGAUAUAUGUAUGUUAAUUUAGUGUGGCCCUCAGAAGGAAGUUGUAAAAGUUGAAAUGGCCCCAGACAAAUGAAGUGGGUGUCGUCCAGAGUUAGUUUUUGUAGUGCUCGCCUUGUGUUUCCAUGAACAGUGUUUUCUUGCUGCUUUGCAGCGGAGGGACAGUCACUGUAUGUCUGGUUGGUACUGAGUGGUUCUGUCAAACUCAGACUGCAAAAGCUUCAUGCAUUGGCUUCAGCAGAACGUUGUAAUGGUAUUCUCUCAGAAUGAGGACUGUAGACUUUGUCCCCCAUCUCUUACAGUGGAACUGCAUCAGAAGGGGAUUUCUUCAAGGCCAGUAUGUGAAGGAGGAACUAUUGCAGCAAAUAAUUGUGAUGUACUGUAAAGUGCUGUGAAUGUAUGCAUACAUUAUAUAUAAAGAAUUGCUCAUAGUUUAUUUGUAGCUUUUUAUAUAACAUUAUUUCAAAGUGAUCAGAUGUUUGGCCCGAUUUGUCUCUAAAGCUCAGUUACUGUUCUCGGUUAACAAGACAUUAACAUCAAUCACUUCCCUUUUUAACAAGUUGCAGAAAUCAACUUGUACUCAGUACUCAGAAUGAGCAGUAUCUGGUACUGUUUUUUUAUUUUUAUUUGUUGGAACAGAAAACACACUUGUUUAUGUUUGGGAUCCAUGAGUUGUGGGUACAGCAAAGCCUUUCUUACUUCUGGUUCAUACUGCAGUGUUUAAGGGUUCUGUAGUGAGCAUUUAGUAUGUAGGCAUAUAGUAACUGAUAACAACAAAUGUUAAUAAGUAGUUAUAAUCUGUUAAGAUGUUAUUAGAGAAUACAGUGAUCACAUAUGAAGCCAGGUUCACCUUAGGGACAUUUCUUAGAACACAAGAUUUUGUAAACCAUUCAACCAUAGAAAACCUCCUGUUACAAACACAGAGGUUCUCUCUAAGAGGCAGCAUGUAGGUAAAAUUAAGAACUAGGAUGAAUAUUCAUAUUAAUAUGCAGUGUUUAAUGUACUUAAUCAGUGAUUAAGUACAUUAAAAUGUUGCCUUUUUUAUAUAUGGAUGAACUAAUCCAUUAACUAUUGUCUUUGGCCAUUAUUAAUUGACUAAUAUUAUUUAACUGGCACUGCAGAUAUUAACCAGCAGCACAGGCCAUUCACAUUCAUGCACAUCCCACUGUGCACAUGAGGUGUUGUGCAUUACAAAGUGUACAAAGUGGAAGGACAGUUGAUAGUUGCUUAAGGUUACAAGAUUUUUUUUUUUUUUUAAUGCACACUUCCUCUUUUUCAAAGUUUCUCAGUUUUACAGUCAGGAAGAUUAUCUGAAAAAGAGUCUUAUUGAUUUUCUUUUUCAUUGGUAAAGUUGCACAUUUCCAGCGUGAUCAAGUAUUUAUAGAUAUAAGGAUAUUUAGCUAGCGUGGUAGUUAAAGGAGGGCCAGCCAUGUGUAGAGAAACUUCCUGGAAAAUGGUUGUAGUGCAAAGAGGGAAGAAGUACAAAAAGAGGAGGAAAAGAAGAGUCUGUUCACAGCAGAGACCGCAGACAUCACUGAGGAGAGAAGAGGGGAGGGGAACAGAGCAAAAAGAGUGUAAAUGUCCUGUGUGUGGAGAGACUGACUGUCUCAUCAUCGUAGCAGAAUGUUUGUUCUCAUCUGGGUGACUCUGCUUAUCUCUGUCAGAGGCUGCAGUGCACCUGCAGGGUCUCCAAAGAUCCUGAAAAACUCUGGAUGUAAGUUUCAGUCGGAGGUUCUGACCUGUGUGUGUGUCAGUGAGGGGUUUCCUUUACCCACCAUCAACUUGUCGCUGCUGGAGACUCAGACUGAAUACUCAGUCAGCACCAGUGUGUCAAACCACACGGUCAAAAGCAGUGCUUCUGUAUCUGUAAAAGAUUACAGCAACACCACUGUUCGGUGCGUCAGCAGCAACCCAAGUGGGAAGGCAGAAGAAGUCCUCACAAUCAUGAAUGAGUUAAAACAAGAGGAUCUACUGGAGAAACUGUUGAUAACUGUUAAACAGCCGCAAGUCGUCAUUGCAUUUUUGAUUGGGAUUGUUCUUUCAGCAACCAUCUGCUGUUUGGCCACAAAAUGCCACAG